AUGCAUAGAAUAUAUAGUUCCGAUAAAGACUUUUUACUGGAAUAUAACUUUCAAGAAAUCUGGAACUCUUUGGAGGAAGAUAUUGAGAGCCUCACUUCUUCUCCUUUUGAAUUUUUGGUUAGAUUUCGCCAUAAUGGGAAGCCCAUUGAUCCGUUGAUGUGUUAUUCUUUGGGAAAUGAAAUAGCUGGUUUUUCUGUUUGGAAGAAGUUGGAAUUCUCUGUGUUGUUAAAUUCUGAGGUGAACGGGCAUAUUGUGAGAUUCACUAUUAAUCCCCCAAAAUUCUCUUUUAAGCCAGGUUCCGUUCGGGAGUUACUUAUACUGGUAAUGAACUGUGACCUUCGGCAAAGCCAUGUUUCUGAGGUUGAUUGCAAUCUUAAGGUUGUAGCACAUUUAAUAUACCAGGCUUUACUACGGUACAUUGUGAAUGUCCUAAGUCACAAAUGUCCUUUAUCAUUUCAACCAAAUCUAUAUAAGAAAUUUUCAAACACCAUGUACUACGCUGAUAAAUACUCCAAUUCAAUAAACAGAAUCCUUAGCAGGGCUGGUACAAAAGAAAACUUGAAUGAAAAGAUAGUACAUGACCUGAUAUGCCAAAAGACAAGGAAUUGUUUACGAAAAAACAUAAGGAAAAAUGAAUUAUACAGUGGGCUUUAUGAAUAUGAAACAAUGGUUAAUGAAGUUAUAAGGCAAAGCGAGGAGCAUGAGAUGGAAGAACCUAAUAUAGAUGAAAGCUCAGCAUUAAACUCAUCACCUCCAUAUACUAUCUCAUAUCCUUCUUUGCCAACAGAAACCGCUUUUACUAGUAAUGAGUCGAGCACAACUUUACAGGAAACUAUAUCUUCAGAUACAAUCCUAUCGUCAGAUAAUUUUCUAAACGAAGUACUAUCUUCUCAUUCUAAAAGUGAUAUAUAA